UUCGAAAAAAUGAAAAUGAAGAAAGGAAAGAAGCAGAGAAAGUCUGGAGCUCAUAAUCGCGGAAAUGUAGAUGCUCUAAGUCAAAAAGAUGCCCUUUAUCAUCAGGAAAAAUUCGUGAAGAAGCUACAGAAGCAAAAGUUUUUGGAAAAUAAAGAAAUUGAACUAGCAAGACAGCCUCAUUGCUUGGUUAUUCAUCGCGGAGACGUCGGAAAGUACGUGAAGGGCCUGGAGUCGGAUUUGAGAAAUCUCGUCGAGCCGAAUACAGCGAAAAACUUGAAAAUUCUCAAAAGAAACAAUAUCAAGGAUUUUAUCGUGAACGGUGCGGUACUUGGAGUCACCAAUAUGAUGGUUCUCACUUCCAGUGAUGCUUCCUUGCAGCUGAGAAUGAUGCGUUUCUCCCAAGGACCGACGUUAUCGUUUAAAGUUAAACAAUACUCCCUGGCUCGCCACGUUGUUAAUUGUCAAAAGCGACCAGUUGCCACUGAUAAACUGUUCAAAUCCUCGCCGCUCGUUGUGAUGAACGGAUUUGGCGACGGAACGCAGAAGCAUCUCUCAUUGGUUCAGACUUUUAUUCAGAAUAUGUUCCCUUCCAUUAAUGUCGAUACGAUUCAACUUGGAAACCUGAAACGCUGCCUGAUCGUCAGUUAUGACGAAGAAACUGACGAAAUUCAAAUGAGGCAUUUCGCAAUUCGAGUCGUCGCCUCAGGCCUCAACAAGUCUGUGAAAAAGCUUAUGCAAGCGGAAAAGACGAUGGGAAAGAAUAUUCCGAAUUUGAGUACCUACAAAGACAUCAGUGACUACUUUUUGAACCCCGGACAGCUCAGCGAUUCCGAAUUCGAAGGAGAUCAGCAAGAAGUCGAACUACCACAGGACAUUUCAGAAGGACGUGGCUGCGGAGUUGGCCAGAAGAGCAACGUCCGUCUUCACGAGAUCGGACCCCGACUGACUCUGGAACUCGUCAAAAUUGAAGAAGGAAUCGAUGAGGGAGAGGUGCUCUAUCACAAGCAUAAUGCGAAGACUCCAGAUGAACUGAUAAAACUGAGAGCUCAUAUGGACAAGAAGAAGCAGAUGAAGAAGCGUCGUGAGCAGGAAAGUGAGCAACGUGUCAUUCGAAGACUUACGAUUGUCAAGGAGCAACAGGAUGCUGAGGAGGCAGAGGUGAAGGCGAUUCGAGAGAAUGCUGCUCGUAAGCAAGCUGCCGCUACUGGACAAGUUGAAGAAGUUGAGAAUCAGAAGGAGAAGGAUAGAGAGAUUGCGAUGAAUCGGGAAAGAGAUCUGAAGCGUGCCAACGAGGAAUGGGGUACAUCUGAAGCCUCGAAGCGUCCAAGAUAUGAGGAUAGUCGUGGGGGAUUCCGAGGUGGAUUCAGAGGAAGAGGAGAAGAUCGUGGAGGCUUCCGCGGACGUGGCGGAGAUCGUGGAGGCUUCAGAGGUCGCGAUCGUGAUGGAGGUGGCUUUAGAGGAAGAUCCGUGGAUCGUGGUGGCUUCCGUGGAGGUGGUGGCGACCGAGGAGGCUUCAGAGGACGUUCAUCAGAUCGUGGUGGAGAUCGUGGAGGCUUCCGUGGAAGAUCGGGAGAUCGUGAUGGAGGAUUUAGAGGUGGAUUCGGAGGACGUGGUGGCGGUGGUUUCCGUGGAGGCGAUCGAGGAGGAUUCAGAGGACGCGGCGGAGGUGGUGGAUUCCGUGGUGGGCGAGGUGGAGAUCGAGGCGGCGGUUUCCGAGGAGGUCGUCGUUAAUUCUGAUAUCAGUUGUUGUUUUUUGCAAUUUGUUGUUUCUCCAUUCUCCAUUUUUAUUUUUUUAAAUGUUCGUUAUUGUUAUCGUUAUAAUCAUGAAUUUAUCAGACUGU